AUGGAAAACAACGUUUUCUUCUACGGGCAACACUAUACAAAAUACUUGAAGAAGAACUCCCUACGUGACUGGCUUCGAAUCGUCGCUUCAUCCAAAGACACCUAUGAGCUUCGAAACUUCUACAUCAACCAAGACGAGGAAGAAGAUAUCGGUGAUGAGGUGAAAGAGAAAAACGAAGAGAUAAGUGUUGGUUCGAAUGGUGAACGAUCAUUCGUUAGUGUACGCGGUGAGGAAGGUCUUCGAGUGAGUUGCAGAAUUCGAGAAGUAAAGAGAGCUAUUUCGUGGAGGAGCCAUGUUAACUGGCAUAAUGGAAAACAGGAUCAAGCUUUGCAAAAGAGAAUCUCAACUUUGCUACAAAGCAAGGAAAUUGAGGUGAUUGUGAAGAAAUGUGAAGAAUACGUGGCAAUUCGAGUGAUGGUUGAUGAGAAUCAUAAAGUCAAUGAUCAACAGAUUCAAUCUCUAAUCCUUUUCCUUGUUGAUUUAAUCUAUUCGACUUCUGACUUGUCACUCAGAAUUGAUGAAAUCGAAAUGAUCGAGUUUCCCGUCUAUCUCAUUGGUUCUUUUUAUUUUAUCGUGAAAACAACUAGUGCCAACUCGUGCAACAUCGAACUCUACUCAGAAUUCGUGGAUUCAAUUUUGGGUCAAUGGAUCGGCAUUCGUUUUGAUAAAUUUAAGAACAAAGAGAAGAUUGAAGGAAAAGAGAUCGUUGAUGAAGUGAAAAUGAUUCCAAGAGAGCCACCGAACACAUUCGAAUCUCUAAUUGUGAAAACUAUUUCGAACCUUGGCAUCGAAAUUCCAAAUGCUAUCGAAAAUCCGAGAGUUUUACAGGAAACUUUCUCAAAGCUUGGCAUCGAUUCAAUUCAAAUGGCUGAGAUUGAAAUCAAAUUGAGGGAAAAGUUCCCGCGAAUCGUUUUCGGAUCAACUCUCAAGUACAAUUCGAUUCAAAAAUUUGGCGUCUAUUUAGAGGAAAUGAAAAUAGAGAAUGAGCAGAAGAAAAUUGAAAUGAAAGGGGAUCCCGUUUGGCAUUCUUUAUUGGCAAUGGGAACAUUGCCGAUCACCGUUCAACAGCAACAAAUCCUUUUCUUGGGACAGUUGAAGCCGGAGGAGGCAAGUCAGUUCAAUGAAUAUUUCCAUUUUUCGAUUGAUUUGAAAGAUUUCGAUGAGAAAGGGAUGCUUUCAGCUAUACGACGCUUGUUGAUUGAGGAAACGGUGUUGAGAACGAUUUUCAUCGACAAUCGUCAAAUGAUUCUUUCCGGAACUGAGGUUUUUCUGCAAAACGAGAAAUUCUUGAUUGAUGAACCGAAAAUCGAUCCAACAGACGACCUACCGAUUCGAUUUUUUAUUGAGAAAACGAAAUUUGUGAGAGUUUUACUCGUUUUCCAUCACAUUUCGGUGGAUGGGAUUUCGCUGAAACUACUCAGUCAACGAUUGGACUCUUUGGUCAACGGGAAACAAUCGAUCACAAAUAAAAAUCGGCCACAAUUUGUCAAUUUUGCGUUGGAAACUUCUCAGGAAAUGAUCCUAGAGAAAGAUCGAUCAUUCUGGAGAGAUCAUCUCAGUGAUCACAUUCACAAUUCCCUUCCAGCACUUCAAGGAUCACCAAAAGCGUUUUAUGCAAAAUAUUUAACUUGGGAUAUUUCUGAGUCAAUCAACAAAGCGAUGCAAUUUCUUUCGAACGAGAGUGGGAUCUCGAUGUACAAGUGCUUUGUCGGUGCACAUAUGGCCACAUUUUGUAAGGAUAUUUUGGCCACAUCGAUGAAUAACAGAGACAAAUCAAAGGUUGAACUUCUUCCCUCACCGCCAAGGAGACCAAAAUAUGAUCAAGUCUGGUUCUGGCAAAGAAAUGACUCAAAAUACAGUAUUAAAGUCGAGUUUGAUCCAAAAAAAUUCUCCGUAAAAGUGAUGAAAUGGUAUCUGGAUCGAGUGGGGACAAUGAUAAUAAAAAUGGGCAAAGCGAUGGAAAGGAAACUUUCAUCGUUGAGUCCUUUCCCCCGAUCGAUCACUCAACAACAUCAACGUGGCCUUAGAGCUUGCCUCCGAGAUCAUCCAGAAAAAUUCUCGUGGCUAGAAAUCUUUAAGCGUCAAACCCGCUCCACCGGUUGUGAAUCCAAGAUCAUUGACGCAAAAGAAACGAUCACUUAUGAGAAAUUGGACAAAUUAUCCACUCAAAUCUCGCAGAGAAUAGCGCAGAGAAUUUGGCAAUCGCUUGGAGUUUCCCCAAAAAGUGACACGCCUAUCGCCGUCUUUUGCUCGCAAUCACAUCGACGAUUGCUGUUGAUGAUCGCGAUUUGGAAAAUUCGCCUCUACCCAUUCAACAUCAACAUGGAUUGGCCAUUGUUGAAACAAAAAGCGAACACAGCUCUUUUUGGGAAUAUUCUAUUUCUAACCGAGAAUUCAGAACAUUUGAGAGAAAACUCACCAAUGACGAUUGAUUUGAGCAAACUUUGCUUGAGAAUUGAUGAAAGAUUGCGAAAAAGUUGGGUAUGCAAUUCACCGGAAGAUGUCAUGUAUAUCACUUGCACGAGCGGGACGACGGGAGCCCCGAAAUGUGUGGUGACUCCAUUCCGUGGUCAUAACAAUCUUCCGCUUGCAUACGCACGAUCAUUUUUCAUAUCGCAUCAAUCGGUCACAUAUCAGGCUGCCAACUAUGCGUUUGACAUUUUCUUUGGUGAUUUGACAAUGUCUCUUUCACAUGGAUCAAAUAUUCGAAUUGCUUCUACUGGAGUGCCGGCACUUGAAGAAAUGCUUUCCUCAAAUGUCUCUCAUUCCUAUAUAAUGCCCGCUUUUCUCAGCACUCUUUCUGAUUCGGAAAUCGGAAAAAUUGGAUCGUUGGAAAGGAUCUUCUUUGGUGGAGAGCAAAUUCAGCAUGGAGUUAAACAGAAAAUGAUACAUUCGAAUGCUAUUAUUUAUGAGAAAUAUGGAACGUCUGAGCAAACGGUUUACUCGACGAAGUAUGAGGUGAAAUUUGGUGGUGAUAGGGGACUCGUCGGGAUACCGUAUCCAAAUCUCUAUAUGGCGUCUAUCAAUUCGGAAAAUCAUCUGACCGAUGGUCGCCUCAUCUCGGAAUGUGUUCAAUUUGGAGCCGGAAUCAGUCGAGGAUAUCACUCACUUCCUGAACGAAACUCGACUAGAUAUUCUCCCUCUCAACUAUCAACCCAAGAAGAUCAUCUAACCGGGAAAUCGAUUCGAAGUUAUUUGACUGGGGAUCUCGUUUCCCUUCAUCACAAAAAAUGCUAUCAAUUUCAUGGAAGACGGGACACGCAAACGAAGAUUGGAGGGAAAUUCAAGAAGAAAUCUCGAGUCGUCCGAAUGUUCAUUCAUGCGCUCCAAAAAGCGACCUCGACAACGGACAUCUGUAUUGGAGCCGUUCUUGCGAAUCGAACACCGGAAAAUUUCGAUAAAGUUGGAUAUUUUGUGAACAUUGUACCAAUGAGAUUUACAACAUCUCACGAAAAUCAAAAUUUCAUUAAAAACUCUUUCACUCAAAUUGAUCACAUUCUCAAGAGCAAACAUCAAGAAACAACAUUGAGUGAAAUAUUGGAGAGUUUGAAAAUCGAGAGGACAAAUGAAAAACAUCCACUAUUUACUCAAGUAAUCAAUAUUCGACAAGGAUUGGAAAAAGUUGAGGUUGAGGUUGGUGGGAUGAAAGUUGAGAUGGAUUUCGAGGAGGCUACAGAGAAUCCUUUCGAGCUCAGCUGGAUAUUCGACGAGAAUGCAAAAGGGGAACUCAUCGUCAAUCUAUUAUUUGAUGCGAAUCGAAUACUCAAUGAACAAGCUGAAUACCUUUUGAGGAGUUUUUUGGCAGAGUACAGACGUCUUUUCCGGGUUUAUCAAUUAGAUGAAUCGAUUGCAUCAUAUCAAUUACUCUUUGUCGCUCAAUUUCUUGCUUUUGCCUUUCUAAGCAUUCAUCCGGAUACGCCAAGCAAGAAAAUGAGAGAGAUUUCCGAGCAAUGCAAACCGUUUCUUUUGAUUGAGGCGAAUGAAAGGGAUCAUUUGCUUGAGUUCAAGUUAAGAAACGAAAAAAAUUCGGCACAUUUUGCGAAAUCCACAAAAUCCGAUUUGUUUUACGUGAUCUAUACCUCUGGAACAACGGGUGAUCCAAAAGGAAUUGCGGUUAGUGAGGGAAAUGUUCAAAGAAUGAUGAGAAACUUCACAAAAAUCAAUCUCGUCAAAAAUUCCCAGAAAACUUUAAUCUUCUCAACACCAUCAUUUGACGGGGGUAUCGCUCACAUUUUGACAGCACCAAUGAAUGGCGGAACGAUUUGUGUUCGGUGGAAAGAGUCACACAUUGAUGAGUUGAUUGGAGAAUAUCAUUUCAUUGACUCAAUCCACUGUACACCGACGAUUGCAAGUUCGCUUUUUAACGAUAAAGAUUUGUGCUUAAAGAUUGGACUUUUAAAUAUCGGCGGAGAAGCUUUCACGGAAGGACUUUUGAAGAAAAUUGGUGAUAAUCAAGUGAUUCAAUUGUAUGGACCGGCUGAAGCGACUUGCUAUCAAACGUUUUUGCGAAUGAAGCCCAAUCACAGAUAUGGGUAUUUGGGGAAUUCUCAGCUCGAGUACACGAAAAGGGUGACGAGUGAAGUGCGAGUGAAUGGAAUGAAUGGAAUGAAUGGAAUGAAUCGAUUCGAGAUUCGAGAAUUCGUCGUUAGAUCUCAUCAAGUUUCUAGAGGGUAUAUUGAAGGAAGGGAAACGAAAGCUUUUGGCAGAAAUGUUUAUCGAACUGGUGACAUGGGAUGGAUGGAUCCGAAUGGAGGGCUGCAUUUUGUGGGAAGACGAGAUCUACAGUGCAAGAUCAAUGGAGUCCGAGUGGAGUUAGCAGAAAUUGAGCGAGCAAUCGGGAAAAUUGAGGGAAUUGAUGAAGUGGUGGUGAUUGUGGAGGUGAAAGAAAUUCUCGCUUUCUACACGGCAAAUCAAUCGAUUGAUAGACAACUUCUUCAGAAAAAGUUAUCUCAAUUGAAUAAGGAAUUCUCACUGAAAAUCCCUUUCCGUCAGAUUUACAAAACCUCAACACCAAGGGAUUUGAGUGAAUUCAUUGACGAUUUCGAAAAGGAAAGCGUUCAAGUUGAGACUCGAAAAAAUGAAAGAUUUGUGCCUCGAGAUGUCGAAGGUUUACGAAAAGUUCCGGAGAAUAUGGCUAGAUUGGUGAAAAUGUUGUUGAGAACUCAAAAUGAGACAAUGAAACGCGCAUACAAUUGUCCGCUUACAUUCAGGACAAAGAUUUCGCUCGAGAAAUCGAUGAAAAGUUUUCGGAAAAUUCUGAUGAAACACCGAGCAUUGAGAGGAUUCUUUUCGAUUGAAGAAGAAGAAAAAGUAAAGAUGGAGAUCUUUUCCGGGACUGAGGCUUUUCUUUUGCCGCAAAUUGAUAGAAAAGAUGACAUUCUCACGUAUGAAAAUGAGCUUUUACUUCGAAUUUUCUGGGAUAAAAAGUUAAGGAGAGUUGACAAUUUUGAUGUCACAUUUGGUUGU